CCAGAAUUUCCAUGGGAAUUUCUGCUGAUCCAGGGAAACUGGAACUGCAAAUGUAAAUAACAGCCCAUCCUCCCAACUACUGUUCAGAUCACCUUGUGAGAAAGAAAUGGUUUUUUUUUUAAGAACACAUGUCAAAACAUUUCUCUUGACUACAACCAGCACAGGCUAAGAAAAUUUUGCAGGAACAUUUUGUUGAAACCAGAAAGAGAAAUGAAUCUAAUGACAAAUUAUGACUUAUUUUUUGUGAGAUUUUAUGCAAAACUGUUUUUUGUUUUGUAUGGCAUCUAAAAUUGACGAAAGACAUUACUAGAAUAUGUAAUUCUUCUACAGUUUUAUUACUAACUUCCUUGAGAAAACACAAGAAAAUGCUACAUGGGCAAAUAGUUUUACAGGCUGAUAUUUCUAUUUCUUCUAAUAAGCUUAAGAUUGUAAAUUAUGUAUUUAAAAAGGUACCUCACCUGUUUUGGCUGAGGUGGGACUGGGAACUAACUUCCCAACUCCUUCCAAAAGUCUCCAGAUACCCCCAAAAUAACCCCUUUGUUAGCAUAACUCUCCAGCACUUCCCUGCAUGUGGAACUUAGUUUUAUUGGCACUAGAGUCUCUAUAGCAUGAAAAUUAAUUAAUAUUAUAUUUUAAAUGUUAGUAAAUUUGAGUUCUCAUUGCAUACAUGGAAUUUACUUCAUCUAAUGAUUCCAGGCAAGCUUGCAGUAUGACUUUUCAGAAAGCUGGCAUCAGUUUGGACCUCAAUUGAAUAAAGUCAACAGAAUAAUUAAGCUCAGAAUCAAGAAGUAGUAAGUAAUGGAGUGCCCUGCAUCAGAAGCAAUGAAUCAGCCACACACAGCAUGAAAUGGUCUAUUCUCAUGAAGACAUUACUAAACCAAAAGACCACAUAACAGAAAUGGAAGUCUGCGAGAUGAUUUAACAAAAGCCUUUCAGCCUCUGUAGGGCAGUACAGGGUAUUGCAGUUUCCAUGGCACUGCAGAGAUCAGAAAAACAGAAAGGAUAAAUCCUGAAAACUGCCACAAAGUCAUCUUUGGUCCUUUUAUUGCAGUCCCUUGUCUCAAGUCAGGAUCAACUUCAGCUGCAUCUGAAAAAUAUUUAACUAGCGUGCUGUUAGAAUUUCCACUAAUGGAAAUAAAACAAAAGCAUCUCCCUCUCUGUAAUGGCCUAUUUUGUUCAUUUUACAUUUUCUAGACUGAGUCAUGAAAUGACUCAUGUCUUUCCUCAUGUCACUCUUGUCACACUCUUCUUGACUCUGUCCAAUUGCUCUACAUUUAUCAUGACCCAUUCUUCUAACUGGACACUCUUCCGUUCAGGUUCUUAGUAAAAGAAAUGCUCAUUCACUUCAUGCCUUGGAUAUGGCACUCCUGCAUGUAAACACCAGUACGAUACCCUUUUUCACAUUCUGACCAAUUUCCAACUCGUGGUUCUCUGUAAUCCUCAGCAUCUGCUUUCCAGAGGUUCUGCCCAGUCAUCUUGCUGCUGCUGUGUCAUUUGCUGUCUCAUCAUAAAAAGGGAAAUCCAGACAUCUGCGAAAGUGUCUGUGCAACUGCUGAUAUUCUAAAAUAACAUAUACGUGUAUUGUAAUGACUCAUCUUAAAGUGAUCUUGUCCUGCAGAUAGCAAUUUUUCUGGUUGAAGAACAAUCUAGACUUAUAAUCAGAAAAAGAAAUGGGAACAGAUAUUCACUGCAUGUUCACUUGAUGAAAGGAGUGUGAUUUAGUGAACUGACGGAAUGGCGUACGCUGUGGUUUCCUUUCAAGGCUGUAUGAAGAUAAUGAGAUGUGGUAGAAAGCAACUGACCUGUAGCUUGUUGUUGUUUUGUCUGCUGCUCGCUGUAACGUACGUCUCACAGCACUGUGUCUGCACAGCGGGAAUAUACAGGCUUAUCUAUCCUAGAUAAACUCUAAUUUCAUUUGAAAGCAACUUGAUUUGACAAAUUUAUCGGGAAUUCUGAAGCCAAGUGACAUUUUUGAUACUUGCUUAUUUUGUUUUAACACACAGGUACUUUCAUGGUGGCAAAAGAAGCACUUGUUUAGAUUUCUCACAUUUAGCUCUGACUCCUGCGUGGCCUUAUAACCUACAUUCCUCUUCCCAGGUCUUUUAAACGGGGAUAAAUGAAUUGCUCAUAGCAGCACUGUGCUUUUGCAUCUUGUCAUCAGCACGUUCGCUGAUCGGACUUUCUGCUGGGUUGCUCCCAGGACCGAUGUCCUUCCUUCGAUCCCUCACAGCACCUCGGAGCGAGGAGCCGCAGUUGCCCUGUAGCUGUGCGUAUCAUUGCGACUUUGCCGAGCGCGGCCUAAACUGGCAACGAGCGCAGCGCCCUCCCGCGCCCACAACCGCCGCCGCCGCCACCGCCGCUCGCGCGCAGGCGCGGCCGCCUGGAGGCGGAGCGUAGUGGUGCUGCUGCGGCGGCGGGGCCGGCAGGAGGCGGUGCUGUAGGGAGAUGGCCGAAGCCGCUUUCCGUCCCCCGAGAAGGAAAAGAAGGGUGUUUGAGUGCUACCAGGCGCCUUUCCCUGUGGGUGCCGGCGGGGGGGAUUUCAGGAUGUACCGGGCUGACAUGGUCAACAACAGCGUCGUGGUGCGGAGCCCCGAGGACGUGGAGCAGCUGUACAGCAAGGGCUAUUUUGGAAAAGGCAUUCUUUCAAGAAGUCGACCAGUGUACAGCAUUUCUGAUCCUUCACUGGUUUCCAAAUGGCAAGGUGCCAACCUAAACAUGCCUAUAAUCACAUCGAAAAAGUAUCAGCAGCGUGUUCAGUGGGCUAAAAGUGCCUUGAAAGAGCAAGGAUUUGAUAGCUGCUCUGUGACCAAAAUUCUUGAGAAUUACACUAGGCCUCUUGAAUUUCCAUUUUUGGAAAAGGGUGGAGCUGAGCAAACUGGUGAUAGCUGCGACACAAUGGGUCCAAACGCAGAAAAUACAGAACUUUCCAGGCAAUCUUCUAUAAACGCUGGAAACAUAGUGACUUUGAGUCCUGAGCCUCAGAAGGAGGUCUGCCAGAAAGCCUGUGCAGAAGGAGAUCUGGCUUCUGAUGUCGUGAUUGCUCUUGGCUCGGAAGAAAAGGAGCCUGCUGUUGUGAAAGAGGCAGCCCAAGUGUCCUGCCAGAAGCAUGUUUCUCAUGUGCAUCAUGGCUGUGAGGCUGAGGGGGGCCCCGAGCAAGAAUCGUGCAACAUGGCCAAGUCAAGAGAAUGUGCUCCAGAGUAUGUGCUUGUGCAAGAGGAAGAAGAUGGUAGCUUAUGUCCUGAAGAGGGCUCUGCUCACGAGCAAGAAAAUUUUGUCAAGAAGGAAAAACUAGUCUGCAGAAGAAAUCCAUUUAGGAUUUUUGAGUAUUUACAACUCAGCUUGGAAGAGGCUUUUUUCUUGGUGUACGCUCUGGGAUGCUUAACUGUUUAUUAUGGUGAGGAGCCCUUAACUAUUUUGAAGCUAUGGGAAAUUUUCAGCGAAGUGAAGCCUAGUUUUAAAACUACUUACAUGGCGUAUCAUUACUUCCGCAGCAAGGGUUGGGUCCCCAAGGUUGGACUGAAGUAUGGAACUGAUUUCUUGCUGUAUCGAAAGGGCCCUCCCUUCUAUCACGCAAGUUACUCUGUCAUUGCUGAAUUAGUUGAUGACAGUUUUGAAGGUUCUCUUCGCAGACCGCUGAGCUGGAUGUCCUUGUCUGGUUUGAACAGAACAACUGUUAAUGCUUCGAAGGAACUUAUGUUAUGCUAUUUGAUUAAACCAUCUGAUAUGACUGAAGAAGAGAUGGCCACGCCAGAAUGUUUGAAAAGAAUUAAGGUCCAGGAACUGAUUGUAACUCGUUGGGUGUCUUCCCGUGAGCGCAGUGAGCAAGAUGAUCUUUAACUGAAUCAUAGGAAGAAUCUAAUUCUUCUUAUAAACAUUUUGUUGUUUUUUCACCUGAUCCCUGAGACAAUGGCUCAUCAUCAGUUUCUAUCGGCAUUUUCAGUUGGUAUGUAUAAAUGCUGACUAAAGUCCAAGCAUAUCCUGUUCAUUUAAAUACAAAGGUGUAAAAUGGAAAUGUCAGCAGAGUGAUUGCUUUUUCAAGCUGAAUAUCUGCAUGUGUGUUGACUGUAUGUGGCACAGUGCUGUACUUGUAACUAGAGAUGACUAUACUUCAUGCUUUGGUACUAUUAUAACAAAUACUUUAUAGCAGAUAGUUCUACCAGGACACUGAUACUUUGCCAUGUAUUUAUAUUUCAAUAGUUGGAAUUCAAAAUUUAAAAUGAGGUAUGGAUUCUGAUAUACUCAGAAAUAGCAUGCUGUAAUUUAUUUUUGUAAGCCAAAUGUUAGCUAAAGAACUCUGAAUUGCUUGAAGGUUUCUGGACAGGAGGACUCUUAGCAGCAGAAUUGAGCAUUUCAAACUGGUUGUCUCUAUCAUGUUGUGUUUCUGAAUAUGCUUUUAAAGGAACCAGGAAUUAGAAUUUAGCAAGAAGUGAAAUAAGAUGGGGGUGUAGUCUUUGCAGUUUGUGUUUACAAAAUUAUAAACUAGAUAUGGACAAACCAUAGUGGUUUGAUUGUUUCUCUAUUGUUGAGGAAACAACUAAAUCUAGGUCAGGUCUACGUUUACUUUGCAGAAGCUAGUAGAAGGGAAGAUAUACAUGUUUUCUUAAGCUAGAAUAUAUGUAAAUAAAAGUGUGUAGAAUAAUGAGCAGUAAAAUUUUGUCCUCAGCAUACACUUCUCUGUAAUGUACAAGAGGUAGAAGUGCUGUUGGAGCAUCUUUCUAUUUCUUUUAAACAUAAAUUGCUUUUGGAUAAGUUCUUACCUUUUUUUCUCUGUGAUGGGUCCAGAUGUGUCUGUUGUUCAUUACAGAUAGAAUGCUGUAUGACUACCCUUUAAUGCUGUGGGUCUGUCUUGGUUUGAGGAAUAACAUGUAAAAUAUAAAGAAGGACUGGAAAA